AUGCCAGCUAACAAAUCCAGUAGUCGAAGCAAAGGGCAUCUAUUUUUUAUAUUUCGAGAAACGAAGAAAUGGAUAUAUCCGAAUUGCUCAUUCGGAUAUAUCCAUUUCUUCGUUUAUAUCAAUCACUCUAUAUCGAUUUCUCUUUUUUUUUCUUAUACAACUGUGUUCAAGGUGAUUAAUCUUUCCACACCAAACAUAUAUCCCCUUCCCUUGUUCCACCUCCAUCUCACCUGCCUGUCUAUCUAUCUGUCUAUCUAUCUAUCUAUCUAUCUAUCUAUCUAUCUAUCUAUCUAUCUAUCUGUCUGUCGCAGUUUCUUCAUUUCUCUGUCAUUUGUCUAUCUGUCUGUUUCAGUUUGUACUGAAGUACUAUUUCUUUCUAUCUAUCUAUCUAUCUAUCUAUCUAUCUAUCUAUCUAUAUUAGUCUGUUCAUAUCUAUCUAUCUAUCUAUCUAUCUGUAUUAUCUGUUCAUAUCUAUCUAUCUAUCUAUUUAUCUAUCUAUCUAUCUAUAUUAGUCUGUUCAUAUCUAUCUAUCUAUCUAUCUAUCUAUAUUAUCUGUUCAUAUCUAUCUAUCUAUCUAUCUAUCUAUCUAUCUAUCUUAGUCUGUUCAUAUCUAUCUAUCUAUCUAUCUAUCUAUCUAUCUAUCUAUAUUAUCUGUUCAUAUCUAUCUAUAUAUUAGUCUGUUCAUAUCUAUCUAUCUAUAUUAGUCUGUUCAUAUCUAUCUAUCUAUCUAUCUAUCUAUCUUUCUAUCUAUCUUUCUAUCUAUCUAUCUAUCUAUCUAUCUUAGUCUGUUCAUAUCUAUCUAUCUAUCUAUCUAUCUAUCUAUCUAUCUAUCUAUCUAUCUAUCAUCUGUUCAUAUCUAUCUAUCUAUCUAUCUAUCUAUCUAUCCUUUUUUUUAAUUGUCUACCGCAGUUUCUUCUUAUCUAUCUAUCUAUCUAUCUAUCUUAUUUCUUCUUAUCUAUCUAUCUAUCUAUCUAUCUAUCUAUCUAUCUAUCUAUCUUAGUCUGUUCAUAUCUAUCUAUCUAUCUAUCUAUCUAUCUAUCUAUCUAUCUUAGUCUGUUCAUAUCUAUCUAUCUAUCUAUCUAUCUAUCUAUCUAUCUAUCUAUCCUUUUUUUUGAUUGUCUACCGCAGUUUCUUCUUAUCUAUCUAUCUAUCUAUCUAUCUAUCUAUCUAUCUAUCUAUCUGUCACAUUUGUACUCAUCUAUCUAUCUCUCUAUCUAUCUAUCAAUCAACUUCUUCAUUUCUCUGUCAUUUGUCAAUCUAUCUCAGUUUCUUUCUUUCUUUCAAUCUAUGUAUCUAUGUAUCUUUGUACUUAUCUAUCUAUCUAUCUAUCUAUCUAUCUAUCUAUCUAUCUAUCUUCUUCAUUUCUCUGUCAUUUGUCAAUCUAUCUCAGUUUCUUUCUAUCUAUCUAUCUAUCUAUCUAUCUAUCUAUCUAUCUAUCUAUCUAUCUGUAACAUCUUAAUUCUUUAUUUCUUUCUUUUUCUUUCUUUUCUCCCAUCUAUCUAUCUAUCUAUCUAUCUAUCUAUCUAUCUAUCUAUCUAUCUUUUAAUAUCUGUUUCUUCCUGUUGA